UUACAUUUUGUCAUGUCGCCGGUCGCCAUUUUUGAUCCUAAAAAAAACCAAUAAAACAAAAAAAAAAACACACACACACACACACAAAUGAGAGGCUUUUUAAAAAAUUUAUUUUCGCGAAGAAGUUACGAAAGUGUAACGACCACUUCCGGCUUUAGCAUAAAUAAUUAAUAGCCACUCUAGUGACGUCGCCGUUUCGAGAUGUCACUGGUGUAUCUCGGGCAGCAGCUGCUGGAGGCCGUGCGAGGCGGACAGGACGAUGAUGUCAGAGCCCUGAUGGCCAACGGGGCGCCGUUCACCACCGACUGGCUGGGCUCGUCGCCGCUCCACCUGGCGGCCCGGUGCGGCCAUCACUCCACCGCCGAGGUGCUGCUGCGUGCCGGGGUCAGCCGGGACGCCCGGACCAAAGUGGACAAGACCCCCCUUCACAUCGCCGCCUCGGAGGGUCACCCCACCAUCGUGGACCUGCUGGUGCAGAUCGCGUCCUCGUCCCAGACAUCUUUUGCCCUCACCGCUUCCCGUUUGUCCCCCCCCCCCCCCUCCUCGCCUUCGCCACGGGGGGGCGCCGCUCACCCUUUUCUGCAGAACGGCGCCGACGCCAACGCCAAAGACAUGCUGAAGAUGACGCCGCUGCACUGGGCGGCCCAGCGCGGCCACAGGGAGGUGGCCGAGCUGCUGCUGAGGUACGGCGCCGACGUCCGCUGCCUCAGCAAGUUCGACAAGACGCCCUUCGACAUCGCCAUGGAUACCAGCAACACGGAGCUGAUGAUACUGCUACAGGACGGCAUGCAGAACCAGGUGAGCAUCGACCCAGAGUCCCACUACAUCAUCCGUGCCGGUGGGCUGGUCAACCUCUCGGAGCUGGUCGCCGCCACCAAGACCGGCGCCGGCAAGUCGGAGGACGCCGAGUCGGCGGAGACGGCCGUCCGGCGCGUGGUGGGCGACGGCGGGCAGAGGGUCAUCACCAUAGUGACGGACCAGCACGGGAACCUGCAGCCGGCGUCCCUGGGCCAGCAGCUGUUCUUCACCCUGCAGGGUCAACAGAUGGUGGCUUUGCCAGCCGGCGCAAUCGCAGAGGAGGUCGUCGUGGAGGAGCCUCAGGAGGCCACGCCCACACGCAAGAGGAAGACGGACCCCGCAGCCAAUCACGUCGGCCUAAAAGACAAGAAGGUCAGAGAAAGACUGCAGCGCCAGCUGCGAGAAGCCAAUCUCAAAGCCCGGGAGUACCAGCAGCAGCUCCUGCUGAAGGAGCAGGAGGCCGAGCAGUACCGCCUUAAACUGGAGCGGGCCAUCGCCGCCGGCAACGGAGGAAUCGACAACGCCAUCGCGACGGUAGACGGCCCCGCGGAGGAGCAGGAGGAGGAGGAGGAGGAGGAGGAGAUGAUGAUGGUGGUGCAGGAGCAGGUGGAGACGACGACGGAAGCCGGAACAGAGGAGGUGGAAGGAGGGGAGAGGGAGGACGCCGAUGUGGAGGAGGAGGUCGUCUGUGAACCUCCAGAAGACGCUAUUCUUGUGGGUGAGCGCGAGCCGGACGCGGAGGUCGACGCGGAGGUCGACGCGGAGGUCGACGCGGAGGUCGACGCGGAGGUCGACGCCGCAGAGGAAACGCACGAGUCCUCCGGGUGUCGGCGAGGCCGAGGGAGGAGCAGAGGGAGGGGCAGACGCUAGCUUAAAAUCUUAUUUAAUUGAUUUUUUUUAUAUACCUUUUUUUUUUUUUUUUGUAAAACGAUCCACAUCUCUUUAUGGGACCUUUAUGGGACACUGAGCCCCGGAGGGGGGGGGGGGUGCACUAAAGAGUGCAAUGUGUCAGAUCGGGUCUACACAAUAACAAUUUACAGAUUUUCAGAGAUUUUACACAUUGCACCUUUUAAAUUCUGAAAUAUUUUUUUGUGUGUGUUUACGCUAUAUAUAUAUAUACAUAUAUAUAUAUAUAUAUAUAUAUAUAUAUAUAUAUAUAUACAUAUAUAUAUAUAUGUAUAUAUAUUUAUAUUUAUUCGUGACAGGACUUGUGCCGAGGGCCCUCAGCCGGCGAACGGGGGCACACAGUCCGGUUCAGAGGUAAUCAUGAAGCCAUCAGUGAGAGCGGAGAGGUGUCGCCCCACAAAGGGAAUCAAACCCGCGACCUUUUAAACGUCAACUCGGUUCUCGGUGACGAAUGGCAUUUCUUCGGCAUGUUUGUUUACGUGACGGUUUUCACAAAUGUCCUUCGGGAGCAGCGGUCGGGCCGUUAUCGAGAAAAAAAAUAAUUAGCCCAGCCGGGUUCGUUAUUCUUUAUUUAUUUUGGGAGCCAAAAAAAACCUCCAAUUUUGAUUAAAUGGCCAAAAGCGAGUGUUUUGAAUAAGGAAUAAAGUGCAGUCAUCAACAACAAGAGCUUGAUUGUUUGUUUGUUUUUUCUUCCAUUAAUUAUACAGCUCAUCUCCUCAUUAUUCAAACUGUCAGGGGACAUUUGUUUACUGGUUUACACUUAAGAGCUUUAUUCAUCAGGAUAUGUUGUAAAAAAAAUUAAAAAAAAGUAAUUGUGUCUGUUGUUUUUUUGUUAUUUGAGGCAAUAAAA